UAGAUAGAAAGCCAAAUUUUCAGCUGGCCACACUGAAAAAAGCCGAAAGCUGUGGAAUUUUCGCAAAUUUCGAUUAUUAUAAAUAAUUGUAUUUAAUUUAUUGCAAUAAUCAACACACACACACUCGCGCCAUGCUGAUCAAAGUGAAGACCCUGACUGGCAAGGAGAUCGAGAUCGAUAUCGAGCCCACGGACAAGGUGGAUCGCAUCAAGGAGCGCGUGGAGGAGAAGGAGGGCAUUCCGCCGCAGCAACAGCGUCUGAUUUUCUCCGGCAAGCAAAUGAACGAUGACAAGACUGCGGCGGAUUACAAGGUGCAGGGCGGCUCUGUCCUCCACUUGGUUUUGGCUCUGCGAGGCGGCGGCCAUUCCAUCCUGAUAUUUUAAUCUAAGCGCCGCUCUAACUUAGUGAAUUUGGUAAAAUAUUAUUUUAUAUUCUGCUCUGGAAACUCCACACAAUAAAACAAAAAGCAGCCUAACGGUGUUUGUAAAAGAUGAA